CGUGACCCUGCUAGUGGGGGAGGUUAUAAACGCUAGCACAUGUCGACAUGUAGUGAUAGAGCCGGUUCGUUCAACCCAGCUAGUGGGGGUUAUACACCAGCAAAUAGUGACCCUGCUAGUGGGGGUUAUACACCAGCAAAUAGUGGCCCUGUUAGUGGGGAUUAUACACUGGCUGUGACCUAUAGAGGAGACGUCUAUUUUGUUCUCGAAGCGAAACCGAGGACGGGGAAACCAUGGGAAGUGACGAGUUAGAAAGCUAGCCAUUUCGAGAUUGAUAUAGAUUUUAGAAAUAAAUCAUGAUCUUGUGAACUAAAGUGUAUUUGGAGAUUUUAUGAUAUCAGAGGAAUUUUAAAGAUUUUAUCGUCAGAUUUUGGUGGUAUCAGAUUGUGAUAUGAUAAGUUCCGAGCCUUGUGCACUUGUGG